AUGCUGGCAGUGCAUACAUUUGCACGAAGUGAUAAUGAAAUCCUCGAAGGGUUGCUCCGAAUAUUUAAUACUGGGCGGGGAACAGCUAGGGAACAGUGGAGUCUACAAGCGGAAAUGUUAGUAGAACCAGUUGGUUGGGAUGCUUUAUGGAAACUGUCAAAAGAGUUUUGUAAAAAAUUUGAUGUAAGAUUUCCAUGCAUUGCCUAUAUAACUGUUACAUCAGUUGACUUUGAGGAGCUUACUGCUAAUGUGGAUGUGCUUAGUGUUCAACAUGAAUCUGUAACUUUACCAGAAAGAGUGGUAGAUAUACCUCUUAUUGAUCUUUGGCCUACUGUAAAACAACAAGAACUAUGUGUUAAUGCAGCUAGUACAGCAGAGUUUAUUGAUUUACUAAGAUUUUUCAUUCAGAACCUGUGGAUGCCCUGGGAUGAUCAUGAUGACAAAGUAGUUUUACCUAAGACAAUAGAAGACAGAAUGAAUCUUUGGAUGGACCUUCAAAAUGGAUCUAUUCCAAAUUAUGUGUCUCGUUCAAUUAAAAUGAUAAGGAGUAGUGCUAUAAAUGCCCAUGAGAAACUUAAAGAGUUGGACACUUCGUUAUGUGAAGGGGAUAUUUCUGAUGGUGAUGAUUCACUUUUACCAUCUAACUACAUAUCAGUAUGUGCCGAGAUGAAUGUGAAGUUAGAUAUACUAAUGUCUAAAUGGAGUUUAUAUGAAAACCCACUCAUAAGAGAGCAAUGUUUAGCUAAAGCAAGAAAUAAAUGGCAGAAAAUUAAAAAUAAAAAGAAUGUUGUAGCACUCUGGCAAGGUGGUGAUGUAUCGGAAUUUGCAAAUAUAUCAACAUUUUUGCAAUCAAAUUUGAGUAGUGAACACACUCUCUUAAUAUUGAUGUCAGCUGAAGAAGGCCUAUCGAUGGAGCCAGAUGAAGUGGUAGUGUGUAGCAAACACUACGAGGUGCCAGAGAUGCCAUUGUCUCAAAUAUCUUUAUGCAGUUUUAAUGGUGCAACCCUAAAGGCUUCCGACAUGAGGUCCUGUCUCUUCAUGCUCAGUGAGGAAUGCAAGCUUCGAGACCUUACACUCUAUUGCACUGAAGUGAAUACUGUUAUAAUGAUGCAAGCUGGUACUUUGCAUAUAAAUAAUUGUAUGCUCCGUGAUGAUUCUGAGAAUUUUCAGAGCGACUUCACACAAGGCAUUGUAGCGCGGUCAGGAGCCAAAAUUCUCAUUGAAAAUUGCACCUUUGAGAAUUUUUACUCAGGAAUUGUGGUACAUAAAGGAGUCCAGUUGGAACUCCGAAAUUGCCAUAUAAAGAAAUGCGGUGUUGGCAUACAAAUGUAUUCCGGGUCUCACGUUAAGCUGGACGGCACUGUUAUAUCGGACUGCACUGAACAAUGCAUCCGCUGUGAAGUAGACACUGAAGGAAAGAAAACUGAAAUGGAAGGCUUACAAGUGAUGUCAAACUGCAAAAUUGGUUUUGGUGAUUUGCAGAAAGAAGUUCUAAUAGUACGGCAGGACUUAAUCUCA